AUGUCUCCAGAUAGAGGUGACUAUAAGAGAAGGAGUCAUAUUGAUUCUCCUUAUAGAGAUCAUCGUAGAAGUGAUCGAGAUCGCCGAGAAAGAAAGCAUAGAAGAAAUCAUCGAGAUUAUACACCAGAUAAAAAAUCUCGUUCAUAUUAUGACAAUGGUAAAAGUGAAAGUAGAAGACAUGAAUCAUCAUCACAUAGAAGGCAUCGAUCUAGAAGUAAAGAAAGAAGUGAUAGAGGAGGUUGUGGAAGGAUAUCUAAAAUAAGCUCAGCAAGUAUAACACCAUCCCCAGAAAAUAUUUCUGAUAUUGAAAGGGAAGGUACAUUAGCUGGUGAGAUUUCUAAACAAAUUGCUUCCAAAAAUCGUUCCAGUGAAACAUCCUAUCGCGAAUCCUCAAAACAUAAACGUGGUAAGAGUAAAAGUCCAAGAAAAUCUGAUAAACAAAAAACAUCAAGAAUAUUUAAAUUUCCUAGAGGGAUCUCAAUUAGUAGUGACAGUUCUUCAGAGGAAUCUCCGCCAAAAAAAACUUUGAAGAAAGAAGAAAAAGUUACUAGUAAAAAGGCAAAAGAAAAAAAUGGUUUCAGUAUAUCUCCGCCACCUGCUCCACCACAAGCUUUACCACCUUCAUUUAAACCAAUUUUUGUACAAGCUACAACAAUAUCACCUUCACCUCCAUUAACAACAUCGUCAGGUGUUAAAGAUGAGUUAUUGGCAAAUGCUAUGGAUAUAUCACCUCCUGCACCACCAUUACUGGAGAGUAAUAAAAGGCCGAUUAUUUUUAAUAAACGAGUUUCAACCAUUACAACAUCCGAAUGGGGUAAUGAUGCUGAAGAUAAUUAUGAAAUUGAAAAACAAGUUGGUGAAGGUACUUAUGGUCAAGUAUUUAAAGCUAAACAAGUUACAAAAGGUACUAAAGUUGCAUUGAAAAAAGUUCGUCUUGAAAAUGAACGUGAAGGCUUUCCUAUUACAGCAAUUAGAGAAAUAAUCAUUCUUCGUCAACUUUCUCACAAGAAUGUUGUAAGUUUACUUGAUAUUGUUACAAAUAGGAGUGUAAAAUCAGAAAAGAAAGACUCAAAAAAUAAUAUAUCGUCAUUUUAUCUAGUGUUUGAGUAUCUCGAUCAUGAUUUAGUUGGUGUAUUAGAUUCACAAGUAGAAGCUUUCACAGAAUUACAAGUAGCAUCAUUUAUGAAACAAUUAGCGGAAGGUUUAGCAUAUUGUCAUUCAAGGAAUUUUCUUCACCGUGACAUAAAGGGUUCAAAUAUAUUGUUAAACAAUAAAGGAGAAAUAAAAUUAGCCGAUUUUGGUUUAGCUAGGUUUUACAAUGAAAAACAAAAACGUCUUUAUACCAAUCGUGUUAUUACACUAUGGUACCGACCACCAGAACUGCUACUUGGAGCAGAACAAUAUGACACAAAAGUUGAUGUAUGGUCUCUGGGAUGUAUUUUACCUGAAAUGUUUACAAGGAAACCGUUGUUUCAAGGCAAUAAUGAAUUUAUACAAUUAGAAUGUAUUAGUAAAAUAUGUGGAACUCCAACCAUUGAUUGUUGGCCAGAAAUUAAUUUAUUACCGCACUUUAAUAAUUUUAAACCUAAAAGAACAUACCCUCGUAAUUUAAAAGAGUCAUUUAGGGAGUUAAUACCAGAAGGAGCAUUAGAACUUUUAGAUGAGAUGUUAACACUAGAUCCUAAGCGUCGUCCGAGUGCAGAAAGUGUGUGUAAACAUCCAUGGCUUCGGAAUAUUGAUCCAUCAAAAAUCGAACCUCCUAAAUUACCAGCAUAUCAAGAUUGUCAUGAAUUGUGGGCAAAGAGUCAAAAAAAGAGUAAAAAAAUAGCUAAAUCAAAUGGCAUUUUUAUUCCGAAUGCUGUACCAAUAUCAUAA